AAGAGGAUGCUGAACAGAGAGCUGUCCCAUCUGUCAGAGAUGAGUCGCUCUGGUAACCAGGUGUCUGAAUACAUCUCCAGCACCUUCCUGGACAAGCAGAACGAGGAGGAAAUCCCGUCUCCCACCCUGAAGGACAAACCUAUGAGUCACAUUAGCGGCGUGAGGAAACUGUCUCACAGCUCCAGCCUCUCCAGCUCCUCAAUGCCUCGCUUCGGUGUCAACACAGACCACGAGGAUGAGCUCGCCAAGGAGUUGGAGGAUCUGGACAAGUGGAGCUUCAACAUAUUCAGAGUCGCAGAAUUCUCCAGCAACAGACCCCUCGGCUGCAUCAUGUACACAAUCUUCCAGGAGCGCGAGCUGUUGAAGACGUUUCGAAUCCCAGUCGACACCUUUGUCACCUACGUGAUGACCCUGGAGGACCAUUACCAUGGAAACGUAGCGUACCACAACAGCCUCCAUGCUGCGGAUGUCACCCAGUCCACACAUGUCCUGCUGUCCACACCUGCUCUUGAUGCCGUCUUCACUGACCUGGAGGUCCUCGCCGCUCUGUUCGCUGCAGCUAUCCAUGACGUCGACCACCCUGGAGUCUCCAAUCAGUUCCUCAUCAACACCAACUCUGAACUGGCCCUCAUGUACAACGAUGAGUCAGUGCUGGAGAACCAUCAUCUCGCUGUCGGCUUCAAGCUUCUGCACCAGGAAAACUGUGACAUUUUCCAAAACCUCACCAAGAGACAGCGCCAGAGCCUUCGCAAGCUCGUCAUCGACAUGGUGUUGGCCACAGACAUGUCCAAACACAUGACCCUGCUGGCUGAUCUGAAGACCAUGGUGGAGACGAAGAAGGUGACGAGUUCUGGAGUUCUGCUGCUCGACCACUACACAGAACGAAUACAGGUGUUGAGGAACAUGGUGCACUGUGCUGACCUGAGCAACCCCACCAAGGCGCUACCGCUGUACCGACAGUGGACGGAGAGAAUCAUGGAGGAGUUUUUUCGACAGGGGGACAAAGAGCGAGAGAGAGGGAUGGAGAUCAGCGCCAUGUGUGACAAACACACGGCGUCUGUGGAGAAGAGUCAGGUGGGUUUCAUCGACUACAUCGUCCAUCCGCUGUGGGAGACGUGGGCCGACCUGGUGCACCCAGACGCCCAGGAACUCCUUGACACGCUGGAGGAGAACAGGGAGUGGUACCUGAACACCAUGCCCCAGUCUCCUUCGCCUCCCCCAGACAGACACCUUCAACAAGACCGCUUCCAGUUCGAAAUCACCCUGGAGGACGUGGAGCACAACAACCACAACCACGUGCACCUGAGGAACAGCAACGGCGAGGGGGGAGCAAUCUGCAACGUAGACAGCACGCAGGAGGACGAGGAGGAGCCCAAUGGUGAGGGACAGAACCACGCAGAAGCUGAGAAGGAAGAAGACGAGGAGAAUCACAACAGUAAACAGAAUGGAGUCCCGGAUGGAGACGAGGAGGAGGAGGAGGAGGAGGAGGAAGAGGAAGAGGAGGAGGCCAGAGAAGAGACGGAAGCGCAGGAAAACACGGAACAGGAAAAUGGAGAGGAGCAAUUAGAAGAGGAUGGAGCAGAGCAGAUGGAUGAAAUGGAAAAAGAAGAAGAUCAUGGAGAGGAGGCGGAGGAGACUAAAGAGGAAGAGGAGGAGAUGGACAAAAGUCAGGGGGAUCAACAGGAGGACGACGAGGAAGAAUUCGUAGAAAAGGAGGAGGUAGAAGAGAGUGAGAAAGAUGGUGAGGGGGAGGAGGAAAAUGAGGAGGCAGAAGUGGAAGAUGAGGAAGAAAUCAUAGAAAAGGAGGAGGUAGAAGAGACA